ACAUGUAAUUGAGGGAGGAAGAGCGAGAGAGAAAAAGGACUGACUCACACUCACUCUCGAAAAUCACAAUUAAAUUAUCUUAUCACUCACACAUGGUUAGUUUCCUAAAAAAAUAAUUAAAAAUGUCGUUCUCAGCCAGUCUUGCCCCCCACUCGUCGUCCAGCCAGUUUCCCUGGACUACCCGCUUGGAAUCACUGUUCUUUUCGUCUUUUUUCACCGACGAAGCCAUUAUUCGACCGAUAGGUCCUAGUAAACAUUUCAUAAUGCUAAUUGCAUACAAUCGUUUCGCUAAGUCACUCCCCUCAAACAUUAAACCCCCAUCGAUUGAGCAAUUGUGGUCGAAAUUGGAAUCAUUUUAUGAUCUGGAUUUACUGGAGGUGAGAAUGCGAUUCGACUUCAAGCGUCUGGACAAACGAGUGGAAUUUGCACUUCCGGACGGAUGGAUCAAGAAACGAAAGAGAUCCACGUCUUCGACAUCUUCUUCGUCAUCGAGCUCAUCAUCGAGGAAGAAGAUCGUAAAGAGACAAAUGCGCUAUAGGAGGAUUUAAGUUUUCUGUAAAGUCGAUGAAUUCAGGAUCAUUCCAAGCAUGUAUGUAUAAAAUCAAAUACAAGCAACUACAUGUCUUAAUAAAUGAAUUAUUGCAAAAACAAUACAUUUUCUCUUCUAAACAAAACCUUUUAUACAGACCAAAUUUGGAUAUUUUUUACAUCUUUUUACUAAACAGAAUCUAAUAAAUUGCUAAAACAAUUA